AAUGUACAAUAAUUCUAACCAAGAUUAUUACUAAUACAACCAGAACAAUUAACAACAGUAUCAAUAACAAUAAUAUUAAUAACAAUAACAAUAAUAUUAUAAUCCUUAAGCAUUUGACACAUAAGAUGGAAAAGUUUAAAAAAUGAAUGAUAAUUACGGAUGUAUUAUAAAAUUAAGAUUAUUUAGACCUGGCUGACUUUUAAGAUGCUUACAUUAGAGCUGAUUUCGUUAAAAAAGUGUACACUCUUUUGACUUUAGAACUUUUAAUUACAUUAGUGAUGAUUGCCUUAGGGCUUUAUACAGGGAUGGCCUUUUGGCUUGUUUAACUAGAGGGCGGAUUUCUAACAGAAUGCUUUUAUAGUGGUUAUGGACCUAUAAUAUGCAACACAGGAUAUUACCUUUAUCCUGCACCUACUUGGUUAUUCUAUGUUUCCUUUUUUGUUGCAUUGAUAUUGUAAUGUAUGUUAUACUGUGGUGGAAACAUUGCAAGAAAAGUAAAUUACAUUUGUAAACUUAGGCUCCUACUAAUUAUGUAGUGUUAUUACUAUAUAUUAUUUUCUUCGGAUUCACUCUUACAACCUUUUGCAUAUUGAUGGCUAUCUAUUGGGGAUAAGCAAUAGUUUGGUAAGCCUGGGGAAUAACAUUUGUAAUAGUCUUUGCAUUAACAUUGUAUGCUUGCAAAACAAAAACAGAUUUCUCAUUCAAAAGUAUCAAUCAUUCCAUAUUUUUAGUUGGUGCAAUAUUUAUUCUUUGUCCAACCAUAUUGAUGUUAGUCAUUAUGUCAUGUAUUUGGUGGUCUGCAGUUAUCUAUAUCUUAUUGUGCACAUUGUUUAUAGUAUUCUAUGGAUUCUAUUUGAUAUGGGAGACCUAAUUAAUUAUGGGCAAAGGAGUAAGAAUUAUUUAAAUAAUAUUAAGAAACUUAAAUUAUCAAUUGAUGAUUAUGUGAUCGGAUCUUUGUUGCUCUAUGCUACUAUAAUACAGUUGUUCUUAAGAAUUAUAGAAAUAUUAGCCAUAGCCCGUGGAAGAUGAA